AUGAUUAACUAUGCUCUAAUUAUCUUUAUGUUUGCCUGGCAACCAACUCAAAACCAAGUUGUUGUUCUUUGUGUAAUUGCCGGUCUUUGGGGUGUGAGUGAAGCGAUCGGGUUAACACAGCUUACCGUGCUAUAUGGCAUGUUAUUUCCUGAGACGAAUGAAGCCGCUUUUGCGAACUUUUGCCUUUGGGAUGCGACUGGAUUCGUAAUAUGCUACAUCUUGCUGCCACAUGUCCGUGUCACAGUUGGAUUGGUGAUACUAUUUCUAAUGCUCACAUUUGGUAUGUGUGGAUAUAUGACAAUUAAAUAUCGAUGGCAUCGAAAACAAGCAAUUGCAAACACAGAUACACUAGUGUUUGUCCCUUAG